AUGGGCUCCAAAUACCACUAUACCCCUCGUCGCAUCAGCAACGACCAUUUCGGUAUCGAUAUCGGCCUCCGCGGCAAUGCGCUACUCUCUGUCAUCACUGCAACCUGCGCCGUGGCCUUCUGUACUGUCGGAAUAGAGAACGGACUGUUGGGCGGCGUUAUCAACACGACCCAGUUCAAGGAGACGUUCAACGACCCCGACGCCAACACCAUCGGCAACAUCGUAUCACUGUACGAGAUUGGUUGCGUGAUCGGGGCGCUUUCCACCUUUGUUGUUGGUGAUGUCCUCGGACGUCGUCGCACAAUUCUCCUUAGCUCGAUUCUAAUGCUUAUUGGAGCUGCCAUUCAGGCUGCCUCCAGUACAGUCGGCGUCAUGAUUGCAGGUCGAAUCAUCAGUGGUCUUGGUAUGGGUGCCAUCAAUUCGACCGUUCCCAUCCUUCAAGCCGAAACCUCGCCAGCAGUCUCCCGUGGCCAGCUUGUUGCACUUGAUCUGACCGUGCUCAACAUCGGUAUUGUUUUUGCGUACUGGAUGGACUAUGGUUUCGCCUACAGCGGUCUCACCGGCAGCAAAGUGUGGCGAAUCCCUGUCGCUCUCCAAAGUGUCUUCAUCAUUGUACUUGUACUCACAACCCUCAUCAUUCCCGACUCCCCCCGUUGGCUCGCCAAAAAGGGCCGUCACGAAGAGGCGAUCGCUGUUCUUGAGCGUCUCCACAACGCUUCUAUCGACUCUCCCGAGGUGCAAAAUUCUUAUGCUGGUAUCCAGCAGGCUCUCGAGCAUGAGCGAGCCGCUGCCAACACCGGAUGGGCAUCGCUCGUCGCCAAAGACAGCAUCCAAACCCGCAAGCGUUUGUUCCUUGCUUGCUUCAUCCAAGCCGCUCAACAGCUCUCGGGAAUCAACGCCCUUAUCUACUACUCCGGAACGCUCUUCUCCAAGUCGAUCGGAUUGGACGACAAGAAGUCAGCACUCAUGGCUGGUGGACUCAACAUGUGCCUGAUCCUCGGUUCUAUCAUCUCGAUUUUCUUCAUUGACCGUGUUGGCCGCAAGAAGCUCCUGAUUCCUUGCAUUGCUGGUAUGUCGGCCGUCAUGUGCGUCCAAACGGGCCUUGUCAAGGUGAUCCAGGACGGCACGCAGAAUGCCAACUAUGGCCGAGCCGCUUCUGCAAUGCUCUUCGUGUUUGAGUUCUUCUUCUCCCUCGGCUUCCAGGCAACAGUUUGGCUUAUCCCUUCGGAGGUGCUUCCGUUGCUCAUCAGGACCAAGGGCUCGGCUCUGUCCACCGCCUCGAACUGGAUCUUCAACUUUGCCAUCGUCAAGUUCACACCCAGUGCACUCCAAAACAUUGGCUGGAGGACUUACAUCAUUUUUGCCGUUCUCAACGCGUGCUGGGUUCCCGUCAUCUACUUCUUCCUCCCCGAAACCAAGGGACGAAGCCUUGAAGAGAUUGACGAGCUGUUUGCUACGGACGACUGGCACAUCGAUAACUCGCACGCCGCUACCGACACUAAGGCUGCUGCCCACCGCAGCGGCGACGUCGAGUACGCUGACAUUGACGCUGGCUCCAACAAGAGCAGCUUCAAGGGGGACAACAUUGUCACUUCCACCGGCGACUCCAAGUAA